AUGGAUCCCCAGUCGGGAAGCCUCAGAGGUGCUGCUGCUGCUGCUGGUGCCCCCAUGGGCAGGAGUGAGGGGGUGAAUAAACUUCCAGCUGGUGAAGAAGUGGAGGUUGCAGGUGGUACAUUACCUGAAGGUGAAGAGGUCGGCGAGGAGCCUCAGCUCCCUAAGGAGCCGUGCUUCGCGCGGCCUCGGCCCUUCGGGCACACGCUGAGGGAACUGAUAGACCAACUUGGUGCUCUGGCAACAAUUGCUGGCGCAACAUUAAAGUCGCUUGGCAGUCGUGGAGUCGCCGGUCUACGUGGUGGAGCAUCUUCGUCUGGUGUACGGGGGGGCGAGGAGACCGGUCCAGUGGACCAGGCACAGCGUGAAGUACCUGCAACAGAGCCGGUCCCGGAGCGCCCUGUAUCUGAAGAAGCCCCCGUAGUGAAGAGUCCCCCUGUCGAGGAGUCUUUGGAUGAGGAGGGAGCUGCAGGUGAACUGGGGGAAACUGAGGACAAGCCUCAGCUUCCCAAGGAGCCGUGCGCUUCUAAACCCGAGCGUCCCAACUUUGGUCUUAAGAAUUUAUUGAUGAAGGCUGUGGCAGCAGCCGCAGCAGCUGGGUUGCUGCUCAAGGACCUUGGCGGGCGUGGAGUUGCAAGCAUGACUCGAUCCAGAGCCGGUGUGCAGCCAAUCGAGGCGGGGCCGGAAAGCAGUGAGCAGUUGGCCACACCCCCACCCCCCAGCCCGCUGGACAUCCAACAACCGAAUAACCCACUGCCUCGUCCUGAAGAUGUCGUUGGCGCUGGAGAAAUGGCUUAA